GUAAACAAAAGCAUUGUCAUGAAUGUGGUAAGAAUGAAAUUGAAAAUUCUAAGCAUAAAUGCCCUCAAUGUAAUGCAAAACUUUUUACACUUGUCAAAACACAACAAGAAACUGAACAAAUAACUCCUGAGAAAGAAGAUUCUACCAAAUCUUUUAUUUUAGAUCUCACAAGUUUGAAACAGAUAUCUCUGACAAGCAUACAAAUUCAAUUAGUAUAA